GUCGCAUAGAAUCUUUGCUACACUCAAAUUUUGCCCUUAGGUGGUUGUGGUAAUCAGUGGUGGUGGAAUUAAGAAUUUAAGCUGGUAAAUUUAUUUAAAUGCUUGAAUUUUGAAAUGAAGUCUGCAUAACUGUGAAGUCUGGAAGUGCAAUUUACCUGAAUUCUUUUCUGUUUUUAUGAUUUUUACUUUUCGAAGUGAAGGACACUUGUAGAUAUCUAUUGCCAGCCAUUGUAAACCGGCAUUCAUAAAAUUAUGACUGAAUACAAGUUAGUCGUUGUUGGCGCUGGAGGCGUUGGAAAGAGUGCCUUGACUAUUCAGCUAAUACAAAAUCACUUUGUUGAUGAAUAUGAUCCUACCAUAGAGGAUUCAUAUAGGAAACAAGUUGUCAUAGAUGGUGAAACAUGCCUUUUAGACAUUUUAGAUACUGCAGGUCAAGAAGAGUAUAGUGCUAUGAGAGACCAAUAUAUGAGAACAGGUGAAGGUUUUCUUUUAGUUUUUGCUGUUAAUAAUGCCAAAUCUUAUGAAGACAUCAGCAUGUACAGAGAGCAGAUAAAACGGGUGAAAGAUGCUGAUGAUGUUCCUAUGGUUUUGGUUGGAAAUAAAUGUGAUCUUCCAAUGAGGAUGGUGUAUAUGCAUGGAGCAGCAGAGCUAGCUAAAAGUUAUGGUAUUCCAUUUAUUGAAACAUCUGCAAAGACAAGGAUGGGAGUAGAUGAUGCAUUUUAUACAUUGGUUCGAGAAAUUCGUAAAGAUAGGGAACGCAAAGGUAAAGAUAAAAAGAAACACAAGCGUAAGGGUAGGAAAAGGCGUUGUGUUAUAUUGUAAUAAGCAUUCAAUAAUAGUUUUUGGGAGUACCAGAUAAUAGCUACUUUUUCAACUUGCAGGGUUCUCUGUUCUAGAGUUGCCCACUUUUGGAGCCAACAUUCUAUUGGACUCAUUUCUAACAAAGUAAUAUUUCUAUGACAAAGUUUUUUGGGACAUUACAUUUAUCACAAAAAUUGCACAGUGUUAAAAUGAAGCGCCUUGCUAUUAACUAAGAAUAUUUGAUAAUAGCCCCGACAGACUUCUCUGUGCAACAUGAAGUGCCAUGAGUACUUCUUGCAAGCUGUGAUUUCAUUAUUAUAAUAUGUUCUUUUUAAGACUAAUUGAGUUUUGUUACAUUUCAUUCUAUUAAUUACUGUUACUUAUUAUGCACAAACAUAUUUGGAUUGUGCAUCAAUUACACAAAUGGAAACUGCCAUCUGAAGAUAUCUACUGCACAGCGUAUUUUGUAAUUUUGUCUUGUUACUGAAUGUAUUUUUUGUUCUUUUGCUUUUCGACUCUUGAUAAUUUGUUUAUUAUAUCAAUAUUCAGGGGUGAAUUUAUAUAUAUAUAAUGUUCUAGUAAUAGCCUCCAAUAUUUUUUUUUU